AUGGCGCUGACCAACUUUUUGCCUGCUCCAACUCAGCUUUCUCAGGACCAGCUGGAGACUGAGGAAAGGGCAAGAUCACUGAGAUCAAGGCAGACUGCACUGGUCUCAUCAGGAAGAGAACCUCCCCCUUACGGGUAUCGGAAAGGUUGGAUACCUCAUUUGUUAGAAGAUUUUGGGGAUGGAGGGGCCUUUCCAGAAAUACAUGUGGCCCAAUACCCACUGGAUAUGGGAAGAAAGAAGAAAAUGUCCAAUGCCUUGGCCAUUCAGGUGGAUGCAGAGGGAAACAUUAAAUACGAUGCAAUUGCUCAACAGGGACAGUCAAAGGACAAGGUCAUUUACAGCAAGUACUCUGACCUGCUUCCCAAAGAAGUUAGGAAUGCAGAUGACCCUGACCUGCAAAGACCUGAUGAGGAAGCCAUUAAAGAGAUUGCAGAAAAGACACAGCUAGCCCUAGAGAAAACCGUCUCUCAGAAGGUUGCUGCUGCUCUGCUGGUUCGAGCUGCCCAUAAACCAGCUCCAGCUCAGUAUAUCCGCUACACACCAUCUCAGCAAGGAGGAGCUUUCAAUUCCGGAGCUAAGCAAAGACUUAUUCGAAUGGUGGAAAUGCAAACAGAUCCCAUGGACCCUCCAAGAUUCAGAAUCAAUAAGAAAAUUCCUCGUGGGCCUCCUUCUCCUCCUGCACCUGUCAUGCAUUCUCCUAGCCGACCAAUCACCUUCAAAGAGCAGCAAGAGUGGAAAAUUCCGCCUUGUAUUUCAAACUGGAAAAAUGCAAAGGGCUACACUAUUCCACUAGACAAACGGCUGGCUGCUGACGGCAGAGGCCUGCAGACAGCUCGCUUAAAUGAAAACUUCGCCAAACUGGCUGAAGCUCUCUACAUUGCAGAUAGAAAGGCUCGGGAGGCAGUGGAGAUGCGGACUCAAGUGGAGAGGAAGAUGGCCCAAAAGGAGAAGGAGAAACAAGAAGAGAAGCUUCGAGAAAUGGCCCAGAAAGCUCGGGAGACAAGAGCUGCAAUCAGGAGCCAUGAAGAAAGAGAGCAUGGGGAGGCUCGGGAACGAGAUGAAAUAAGACACAAUCGUCGCAAAGACAGACAACGUGACAGGAAUCUUUCCAGAGCAGCUCCGGAGAAGAGGUCCAAAGGACAGAGAAAGGAGGAUCGAGAUAUCAGUGACGUCAUUGCCCUAGGGGUGCCCAAUCCUCGGACUGCUGAUGACCUUCAGUAUGACCAGAGGCUGUUCAACCAGACUAAGGGUAUGGAUAGUGGAUUUGCUGGUGGAGAAGAUGACAUUUAUAAUGUUUAUGAUCAACCAUGGAGAAGUGCCAAAGGCAUGGCCCAAAAUCUCUACAGACCCAGUAAAAAUCUGGACAAAGACAUGUAUGCUGAUGACCUAGAGACCCGAAUAAAGACCAAUAGGUUUGCUCCCCAUAAGGAGUUCUCUGGCUCAGAUCGUAGGCAGCCAGGCCGAGAAGGACCAAUUCCAUUUGAGGAAGAUCCCUUUGGUCUGGACAAGUUUUUGAAAGAGGCCAAACAACACACAGGGUCUAAAAGACCUUCAGAUGGGAGCCCCCUCAAACAACAUGAACACGAAGGCAGGAAGAGGAGGAAGGAGUAG